AUGAUACAACGAUCACGCAUCAAUAUCCUUUAUCUUGAACAGUCUAAACGCGCCACAGAGUGGGUUCAAAACACGCUAAAAGAACAGCUAGAAAGACAUUUCUCUUUAAAACACAUCCUGACCCUUAAAGAAGGCCUUGAAGCAAUAGAUAAAAAUUCUUUUGAUCUUGUCUUAUCUGAACUGAUGCUUGAUGAUAGCAGUGGUAUUGACACCUUUUUAGCUCUUAAAGAGCGUUCAACCAAUUUACCUAUUGUUAUCUUUACAAGCGUAGAUGACAACGAACUAGCUCUAACAACAGUCCGCCAAGGUGCUCAAGACUAUCUCAUCAAAGGAAAAACAGAUCAAUUUGCUCUUGCACGUUCUAUUAACUACGCCAUAGAACGACAGCAGUUACAAGAUAAAAUACGUACAAGAACAUUAAAAGAUGAAUUAACAGGCCUUUAUAACCAACGUGGUUUUCAUGCACUAGCUCAUGAAUAUGCAGCACUAGCAGAACGUACAAAAAGAAGCAUGCUAAUUCUAUUUAUUGACCUUGACGGACUGAAAAAAAUCAAUGAUACUCUUGGCCAUUCAGAAGGUGAUCACGCCAUUGUUGCUGCAAGUGCAGUACUUGAACGUACAUUUCGUGCAACAGACCUUAUCGCACGACUAGGCGGUGAUGAGUUUGCAGCAUUGCUAAUGGAAACAGAAGAUCAGACAGAAGAACUCGUACGAGACAGAUUACAAGCCAUGCUAACACGGCAUAAUACACAGAAACGUCGCGACUAUGAUCUUAAAAUGAGUAUUGGCUUUUCACGUUUUGAACCUGGAAGCUCCCGUCCAAUUCAAGAGUUACUCAAAGAAGCUGAUGAGGCUAUGUACCAAGACAAACGUAAACGUAAAGCCGUUCGUAAAGACUAA